AAAAUGUGUUUUGCAAUAAUAAUCCGAAGCAACGAACAGAAGAGACACACACAUUUACUGUAAAUACAGAACAAUACCAGAACAAAAAACGGAUCCAAAGAGAUUUCUUUCUAAGAUUACUGGAACUUUACAGUCGAUUCCAAUGGAACAUGCCAAGAAAUCCCUUAAUGUGUUCGCAACCUCCCUUUCAAAAUGCAUAUCAGCCUGCGGUUCUAUGACACAGCAGCUCUUACCAAGUUGGCCUCAGCACUCCAGACCCUUCCGGGUCAUUAACUCUGAACGCUCCAUUAAGAAAGGCAUCAUGGCCAAUGACCUGAGAGACCUACAGAACAAGGUGAUGGAUAUAUUCCACAUGCACUGCAUCAGGUCUUUAGUGUUGGAUGAAGAUGGAACUGGAGUGGAUACAGAGGACUUUUUUCAAACCUUAAAAGAUAACACUGUCCUAAUGGUUUUAGGGGAAGGACAGAAGUGGGCUCCACAGCAGAAACACCUUCCAGGUCAGAGGAAAUUAGAAAGGAAACAUAUAACCAAGAGAGAUCCUGGAUGUAGCUGGAAAAAAACGAGGAAAGACGUUGCCAAACUGACUUUUGAUCUUUACAAAAAUCACCCAAAGGAUUUUAUUGGGUGCCUAAAUGUGCAGGCAACAUUGUAUGGCAUGUACUCUGUGUCAUAUGAUUUGCAGUGCUAUAAAGCAAAAAGAAUGCUAAGGGAAGCCCUAAAAUGGACUCUCUUCACUAUGCAGACUACUGGCCAUGUUUUAGUAGGAACUUCGUGUUAUAUUCAGCAUCUUAUUGAUGAGGACGAGAAAACUGAGGCACAACUGAUAUCGCCUGCAUGCAUCAUCAAGCAGUUACAACAUUAAACGAUGGUGUUUCAUGGCUAGGGCAAACUAAUCAGAGUGCACAGCUUGUUGAUUAAAUGCUUCAUAAAAUUUAUAU